CCAAUGAAAAAUUAGGAAUAGUGAGUGUAUUUUUUCAUACGUCAUUGAAAACAUACUUUUAGUCUUGACGCAUCGUGGGACGCCUUGUUCGCGCCGUGUUACUUAUUUUUUUAUUAUAAUUUAUCAUUGUAAUUAACCCUAGGAAAAAACAUGUCCGGUAUUGCGAGUGCACGUUUGGCCGAAGAAAGGAAAGCUUGGCGGAAGGAUCACCCAUUUGGUUUCGUUGCUAGACCUAUGAAAAAUCCCGAUGGCUCUUUGAACCUGAUGACAUGGGAGUGCGCGAUUCCAGGAAAGAAAGGGACUCCAUGGGAAGGCGGUCUUUACAAGCUGCGUAUGAUCUUCAAAGAUGACUACCCCUCAAGUCCUCCGAAAUGCAAGUUUGAGCCGCCACUGUUCCACCCCAACGUGUACCCGUCAGGAACAGUCUGUUUGUCACUGCUUGAUGAGGAGAAGGACUGGCGUCCGGCGAUCACAAUCAAACAAAUCCUACUCGGAAUCCAGGAUCUACUCAACGAGCCCAAUGUCAAAGACCCUGCCCAGGCUGAAGCUUAUACAAUUUACUGCCAAAACCGGCUAGAAUACGACAAAAGAGUGAGAGCGCAGGCGCGCGCCAUGGCAGCCACCGAGUGAAGCGUCCACCACCGCUACGGGUCGUUCCUAACUGCAGGUAGAAGGAAAACAUCUCGUGUGAUAUCAAGAAUAUGACUAGAUUUAUAACUAACUUUAAACGCGUCCUAGCAAUGAUAAGAUUUUGUGCCACAUCAAGAAAUUGCUCCCACUGUGUUCUGGCUGAUAGUUAUGCUGUGAGCAUACUGGAUAAGAGAAUUUACGCGACUGUCGAAGGUGGCGUAAUGCAGAUGUUACUGCCAUUCUGAGUAUUUAUCAGUGGUAUAUCUUUGUAUAGUUCCAUAACAUCAUGGUCUGCAGAUCCAUUUGGCUACUUCCCAGUUACUUACACACCUUAAACCAUCUUAGAAGGGCCAAAACUUUCCGAAGCAAAAUGGCUUUUUUCCGUUUGUAUAAGACUGACCUCUAUGCAUAGUUUGCAUUGUUUCCAUGACUUUGUCCCAACUUCUUUUACAAAAUAUUGUGUCUACGAAAGUUAUACUACUCUGCCAUAAUGAUGUAGUUUGCCAUUUUGCUGUCUCGUAAUUUUAUCUUUACUAGUUAGCCUUAACAUACAUAGCUUGAGCUGUUUCAUCCAGUGAUUUUGAAUCUUAUCCUUGUUGUGGUGCCACAUUUUUGUAAUUGGGUUGUUGAAAUAUUCACUGCGUAAUCGUUGAGACAACCAACAGGUAGCUGUUAGCAUUUGAAAUAAUGUGAUGCGCUUUCAAAGCAGAAUAAACAUGAUAUUUUAGCAAGGCUGUAUGAUUGAAAAUUGUAUGUAGUUAUCUUUGAAUUAAAACAAGCUACUAAAUGCUACUCUAUAAUGUCCUACUGCUGCGAAAUGAGUAUUUUUCACACUCCUUUGUGACUGAUCCAAAGCUAAUUCUGUAGCAUAUAACAUGGUUUGUUUUGUGUAAGAGAAAGUAAAAAUAUUUUGUUACAAAUACUGACAUAUCUUUUACGUCCGAUGAUUCACCAGUUGAUAUUACAACAAGCUGUUAUUAAUAAAUUAGUAAGAGAUUCCAAGCAUUGUUUAAAUGUUAAGACCUAUUUAUAGCUGCUGGUAAUCUAGAACUAAGUGUCUAAGGUGUUCAUUUGUAAUUUAUUUUUAAAACAUUCAGCAUUUUGCAUACAGUAUUUGUGUUAAAUAUAUCAAAGAGGGUUAGUUGUAUAAAUUCCAAACAUCCAAUAAAAUUAUAGCGAGAAUCUGCACUGUUAUUUUUAAAUAUUUUUGUAUCUUAUGUCAGUACUUUAAUCGAACAAUAAAUUUAAAAUUGUA